CAGCAACGGCGGCGACGAAACGCUCGAGCGGUGCGCGCGGGCGCGCCCCUCCCCCGUGGGCUCCCCUCCCAGCACCUGCCUCGCGCAAGCCCCCCUACCGGCCCCGCGGUGACGUCAGCCGGUGCCUGGCAGAGGGAGCCGCUGUGCGCGCGCGGAGCCCACCCCAGCCUCCCCCGGGGCGCCGCGCCCUCGCCCCGCCCCCUCCCAGCUCGCACCCAGCAACCGCCGCCGAGACAUGGCGAGUGCGGGGUCGCCGCGGCAGCAGCGGGGCGCAGAGGCGGGCGGUGGCUGCGAGGUCCCCGGGGCUCGGAGCGCGGCGGCUGGAGAUGAAGAGCCGGAGCAGGUGUCGGGCGGGGCCGCGUCCGCGCUGCUGGGGGAGACCGGGCUGGCGCUGGGCGGCUGCAUCGCGGCUGCUCUGAGCUGGGAGAGGCCGCUCCGCAGCCUGGGCGGGUUCGUCUGCGCCAACCUGCUGUUCUGGUUCCUUGCACUGACUCCUUGGAGAGUAUAUCAGCUGACUUCUCUCAUAAUACUUGGGGUUGUAAUUAUGCAGAUAAUGAAGGAUAUGGUAUUAUCUCGGAUAAAAGGUGCACAGCUAUGGAGGAGCCUCACUGACAGCUGGGAAGUCAUCAAUUCCAAACAUGACUACAGGCCCAGAAUAAACCAAUGUAUUGUAGAUGCAUUGGUGAAUUUAUUUCUAUUUCUUCAAGAAAUGUCACACUUCAAAGAGAAAAACCCUGGCAAGUUUUGCCUUCUGGUCUGCAGUGUGUGUACAUUUUUCACUAUCUUGGGUAGUUACAUUCCUGGAAUUGUACUCUCCUACUUUCUAUUACUGUGUGCCUUUUUAUGUCCGCUGUUCAAGUGCAAUGAAUUUGGGCAGAAGAUGUGCAACAAAAUCAAGUCAGUUCUGCUGAAACUGGAUUUUGGAAUUGGAGACUAUAUCAAACAAAAGAAGAGAGAGAGAUCUGAAACUGCAAAACCAAAAUCCACGGAAGAGGACAGUGAAUUAGACAUAUCAGCCCUGUGUCCUAAGAUUAGUCCUACUGUUAUUGCUAAAGAGCUAUCGGUGUCUGACACAGAUGUAUCAGAGGUAUCUUGGACUGAUAAUGGGACCUUUAAUUUAUCUGAGGGAUACACUCCACAGACAGAUACAUCUGAUGAUUUUGACCGACCUAGUGAUCAUGAAGAAGCUUUUGCCAGAGAUCUUGCAGAAUUUCCCUCUCUAGAAAAUGGUGCAGGAACAAAUGAUGAUGAUGACUCGAGCAUUGGCAUUCCCAUCCAGCAGAAGAGAAAAAAGGAACAGAUGCCUUCCAAGAUGGCUCAUUCUCCUAGACAGAGGAAAGAGAGGCAGUCUGCCACAGGUCUCUCCCUUCCUUUGACCACUGACCAAACCUUUAACUUAGUGAGUGAUAUUGCUGGUGAUGUUAUUGCAGCUGCAGUGUCUGCCGCCAUCAAAGACCAGCUGCAGUCCACACAGCCAGCACCCUCACAGGUAGUCCCCAGUUUGAGUGAGGAGACAGACACAGAAGAAGCUGAUGAUUUUGAACUGCUUGACCAAUCAGAGCUUGAGCAGAUUGAGAGUGAACUGGGGCUUACACAAGGCCAAGAAGAAAAGCCACAGGAAAAAAAGAAAUCUUCAGGCUUCCUUUCAAAUCUGCUUGGAGGUCAUUAACCUGGAAAUUGGAGCUAGUAAUGUAGCAGAAGUGAAACACAAAAUCAAAUGCAAAAAAAAGGAAAAUGCUCAGCUGUAAGCUUUAACUAUUACUUCAGAUGUGUUGUAAUAAUUUCCCUUACACAGAGUGAAUUAAUUGAAUACAUAUCAGCUGACCCUGAUAGUUUAAUGUUUCUGAUAGUUAUGCCUCAAUGUAGUAGCAUGGAAAUGAAGUAUCUAGCCACUCUGGUCACUGAUGAAUGUUAGAAGUCAGUUGUUAUUUAAGAAAAAAUUAAAUUGCCAAAUCUAGAUUUUGGGGCCAAAUCUAGAUUUUGGGGUCCUCAGUCAAAUGCUCUUCACCUUCAGUUUGUUUACACUUAGUUUUCAAGCAUCCAAAGCAGUUAACGAUAUGUACAGUGAAGAGAAAUUAUGAAUAGGAUGCAGUGAGAUUAGCAAAAUCUUAUCUGCCUCUAUUAUAGUGAAAUAUCUAGAUCCCUAUUGUGUGUGGCACGUUCGAUGUCCAUAUUCUGCAUAAACCUCAAAUUUAAGGAUGUGUGCAACGCCAUCAAAAUUAACAAAAGUGGUGUUGCAUAUGUAAACUUUCAAAUUAAUUUUUUGAUAAGCUGAUACAUUUCCAAGUUAUCUCUGAUGUUUUAGGCUUGUAGAGUUAUGAAAUGGCAUGCUACUAAAUUGACCGCCUGCUGUAUUCUCUGCUAGAGUCUGGUACUGGGCAGCAAUGUCCAUAAAAAGCAAGGCAAAAACAAUGUUACACUUGAGAUUAUGAAUAUCAUGUAAACUGAACAAGGCCUUUGUUUGUUUUGUUUUUUAAUUUUAGUUUGGAAUAGGGAAACCAAGAAUAUUCAAGGUGAACAGAGAGAGGCUUUUUACCUGCCAAUACCUGCAGUCAGGGUUCUGUUUUUUUCAUGAGACAGCUGCUAUCACUCCUAACUGAAGUCUAAUAUUAGAGAGUUAUUCUUUAAGCUGUAUCUGGUGUUCAGUGAGGCCAGAUGUUAGAGAAGAAACACAGAAACUUCUUGGCAUACAAGUGAAGGAGGAACUUGUAUAAAAAUAUUUAUUGGUAAUUUUUAACUCCUCACAUACUCAGACUGGCUUGGGAUCUUAAGUAACUUAGUCCGUUUUGUUUUUGUUUUUCAAGAUUUUUGGUUCACCUUUAAACAAAGAUGAAAGGCAAUGCCCAUUUAAGGUAAACAAAGAUUAACAGGAAGAAGUAAAGAUAGUUUUAUUAAUGAGCUGUAAAUUGUUAGCAGGGUUGAGGGACCAUGUCAGCUGUUAUCACUAAUCUUUAUGUGAUCUCCUAUUUGCUGGCAUUUUACAGGUGAAUGUUGUCAUCUAGAUCUGUCAGAAAGUUCAAACCAAGCUUAUAGCAAGGUCAGCUUUUCUUCCAUAAUAGAAUAUAUUUAGAAAAAAACCUUGUUUUGAAGUAGCACCGUUUUAAAUUUGUUUUUCUUUCUGAGGCAUUUAAAAGCUAGACAGAUUGCCAAAAAGAUUUUAGGUAAAGGAAAGCUAUGGAAGACUUUUGACACUAGCUUUAUUGUUGCGUGUGCUUGUGUGUCAGUAAUGCAUAUUAACUGUGUUUGCUGUCCUUUAUCGGUACAAAAGUGAGCCUGUGCCUUCAUUAUCUAACCCAUCCUGAAAGAAGUGAAAACUGGAUAUAGAGGCCACAAAAUGUAGUUUUUAAAAUUACAUCAUCUUGACAUUUAAUACAAGUUUCUGAAAAAUAUAGAAAACACAGCCAUAUAUUUUAUGCAGUGUUAGCUGUUAAGUUGUUUUAUGACUUUUUCCCAGCUUGUGCAUUCCCAUUUAGUAAACAAACAAACACAAAGGCUGUGGUCACGAAAUUAGUGAGUGUAAAAGCCAUUUCAGUUUCUCAGAUGAAUAAAGAACACUGUUUCCUUAAUGCAUGUUUAAGACAAUCUACAUAGUCAGAAGAGUAUAAGUUACAAGUCACUGAUGAAGCUUUCAGAACAUCUUGACAUUAGUAUGCUUCCCUGUGUGAUAGUACAAGUAACAAGAAUAUUAACAGGGUAGAACACACGAAGAAACUGGAUAGGCAGGGCUGGAGAGGGGGAGGUCUUUAACAAGACUGUAAGUGGAUGAUGAGUCAUGCUAGCUUACUGUCGAUGGUGGCAUUGUAACAGUGUGCACUUUAUUGUUUUCUGAAGAAUAUUUGUGGUUACACAAUUAUAUAAUACAGGGGCACUCUUAUAGAAAUGCAAAUUACAUCAAGGAAGAAAAGCAGUUGCAGGAGGAGUUGCUCAGACUUUUUGUAAAUGAUCCAUUUUCUGGUUUCAAGAUAGAAAAGUAAACCAAUUUGACUACAUGUUCCAGUGUGGAAUAAGUCCUGAAUUGUCCAUAAGGAAGCAAGGCAAAACAAACCUGAACCUACAA